GCGCGGGGCGCACGGUGGCCGCCGCCCGGACCAUGGUCUGCGGGGGAGGCGGGAGGCUGGGCGCCGCGCUGCUGCUCCUGGGGCUCCGCUCGGGUGAGUGGGCGGCGGGCACCGCCUGGCGUGCGCAUCGGCUCGGCGGGGCCUCCCGCGGGGGCCCCUCCGCUUCCUAGCUCCCGCCGGGGUGGGCGGGGGAGCCUUGGCCCCGGUCUCCCGGCGCUCCUGCCGGGCAGGGGCGAGGCGAGGGCGGAGCAAGCAGGAGAACACCCCCCCCCCCAUCUCCGGCGCCCUUAAGCGCGCUUGGAGCACGGCUGUGGGUCGGGGCGGCUCGCUCUUUUAGCGGGAGACAUCCACGCAGCGCCUGCGGAGGGACUUGCAGCGAGGAGAGAGCCCUGGUGAAUUAGGGUUUCCAACCUCCCGGUGGGGCCUGGAGAUCUCCCGGAAUUACAGCUGAUCUCCAGGCUGCGGAGAUGGGGUCCCCUGGAGAAAAUGGCGGCUUCAGAGGGCAAACUCGACGGUCUGCCACACUUUCGGGGCAGCUUCCUACAUACAGAAUUCAAGGAGAGACCAUCCAAGGUGGUCUCGCAGGUCAAAAUGAAAGUGGAGAUCCUCCCAGCCCUCACGGACAACUACAUGUACCUCAUCAUUGAUGAGGAAACCAAGCAAGCUGCCAUUGUUGAUCCAGUGCAACCCCAGAAGGUUGUAGAUGCAGUCAGAAAACACGGGGUGAAGCUCACCACUGUUCUAACCACCCAUCAUCACUGGGACCAUGCCGGUGGCAAUGAGAAACUGGUCAAGAUGGCACCGGGGUUACAAGUGUACGGGGGAGAUAGCAGGGUUGGAGCCCUCACCGAGAAGGUCUCUCAUCUAAUGUCAUUUCAGGUGGGCUCCCUCAGUGUGAAAUGCCUCUCCACCCCCUGCCAUACAUCUGGACACAUCUGUUAUUUCGUGACCACGCCUGGCAGCUCUGAGCCCCCUGCCGUUUUCACAGGGGACACCCUGUUUGUGGCUGGCUGUGGGAAGUUCUUUGAAGGAACCCCUGAGGAAAUGUACAGAGCCCUCCUCGACAUUUUGGGACGCCUCCCACCGGAAACGAAAGUCUACUGUGGUCAUGAAUAUACGAUCAACAACUUAAAAUUUGCCAGGCACGUGGAGCCCAGCAACGCUGCCAUCCAGCAGAAGCUCUUCUGGGCAAAGGCCAAAUACGACAGCGGAGAGCCUACCAUCCCGUCGACCAUUGGGGAGGAGUUCACCUACAACCCGUUCAUGAGAGUGAGAGAGGCAACCGUGCAACGACACGCCCGGGAAACAGACCCCAUCCGGACAAUGGGAAGUAUCCGGAAAGAGAAAGACAGUUUCCGAGUGCCCAAAGAGUGAAAUCUCAACCCUGAUGCUCUGCUGCUCCUGAAGAAUAAUACAUAUUAAUUUAGUUAUGGAAGUUCAAUUGCUCUGUUCCAUUUGCAAUCAUUCAUGUAUAGAAAAUAUUUUAAUUUUGUGUUAAAAGGAAGAAAAAAAAAGAAAAAACCCUCAAGGCACUUUGUGGUGGUUGGAGAUGUUCUAUAUGCUAUUUAAAAGAUGUUACAAUCUAUCUAUUUGUCUAUCUCUGGGAUUUUAACCUGUGUAUAGCAAUACUUUGUGCCUCCCCCCCCCUUUAAAAGCAUGGAUGAAUUCUGGACAGGGAGACCAGCAACUGAUGUUCUGUAACGGGGCAAAAUGUGGAUUAAGUUGGGCAUGGGGGAUUAUCUGAGCUUUCUUCUCUUGUUUAUUUCUUUCUUGGCAAGAAAACCACCUGUGGGGACUGGAACAAACCCUUCUGAUUUGGUACCUUGUGGUACAACUCUCAGCUGUAUAGCCGUGUGUGUGUGUGUGUGUGUGUGUGUGUGUGUGUGUUCCUUCUGCAGCAACUCAGAAGGGUUUCAGAAAAAACAAUCUUUGUGGCUUUGUGCUGGAAGCUCUUGGGUCAGCCCCCCCCCCCCACGACUUCUUGAGCAUGCAAGUGUGUUGGCUCCGCUGGGAAACACCCAGAAAUGGCGUAUCUUUCGUUGGGGCUGUAAAGAUUGCUCAGCUGUGCAGACCCUACCAGCUCUACUGGAGCUUGUGAUUCAGCCACAUGGUGAGCAGCACACAUCAGUUUCCUCGAGGAUCUGGCACGCAAGUGAGAAGCAGGCUUCUAGCAAAGUGCAAAGUCAAGUGCAAAGGUGCGAAGCCCAGCUUUGGUUUUGCUCCAGCUGAUAAAGUACAUGGCAUCUGGUCGACACGGAGUAAACUGUGUGGAAAGACAGAGGCAACGGGUUGGUUUUCUUGGAAUGAAGAGCAUUGGUCUGAAUGCAGCUGAAGCCAAAUGGUUCCAAUUCAAAUUGUUUUGUUUCAACCCUAUUUUUUCUGUCAUGGCUUCCAGACAAGGAAUGGUGGGAGCUCCUGUCCUCAGAAAUGAACAGAACCUGCUAGCAAAACGGCCACUGGCAUUUGGUGGAACCCUGGAGCACUUUUUUAAAAUUACCCCUUAUUCUUUGCUGACUAGACUUAAUGUUUCUCAGUUUAUUCUGUAGAAACAGCCUACACAGAUGAAUUGUCUGUUGUUCCAUGUAGAUGCACUUAAAAUGUUAUAUAUAAUUGCUAUAAAGGAGAGCUCAGGUGUAGCAGCAGGAGGAUUUUGUCCCCAGAACCCACUUGGGACAGGUUUUAAAAUUGGCAGCUUCCCUCAAGGAAGCCAGGAAGGCUCCAGGAAAUAGCUGAAGCUUAUACCUUGGACACGUGCAUGUGAAGAGUUACGUGCAAAUACCAAUUGAGUACAAAGUAGUAGUUUUGUCUUGGGGGCGGGAGGGUGCCUCUUUGGUGUGUCCACAGGUAGAUCUGUAAGCCUGGCCAAAGCAAGAGGAGAAACCCCCGUCUGUGGACUGUUUAGUGAAAGGGCUGCCCUCGAGUGUGGCUGCGGUGGCUCCCUGAAUUCUGUGUUGGGAGAUAGCCGGGGCCUUUUGGACAAGACCUUUGUUCUCAAUAAAUGUCUCUUGCACUUGA